GCACGUUCCUAUGCACGUGUGGUCCAGAUGCUUCAUACUUGUAUUGAUUCAAGCCGUGUUGGCCCAAGUUUUGUCGAGUGGUGGAUAAACACUGCACUCGUAUCAAUUAGCCAGCGCUGGUAGUGCGAUGGCUCCAGGAAAGCACAGACCUAGCAUUGCCACGGGGGUGCUCAUGUUGCUGGAUCUCUACACGAGUGCACUGGACCCUGAGGAUGAGAGUUUGUUGUCACAAUUGGAAGCAGAGGCCCAAGGGCGUGAUCCAUCUCUUUCUGAUACUUGUUGGAGUGGUGGGCGAUCGUUCAUGGUGUGUUGCAUGUUGGAUGGAACUGGGAAACUUGUUCAUAGCGAUUGUUGGAGCGACAUGCAGGCGCCCAGUCCUGAAGAAUGUUGUAUGUCAGUACUCCGUGCUUUCGUAAAUGGUACAUUCCAGAACCUAUUUGAUCAAAAGAGGUAUUCACUUACUGCCACCCUCUCGCUGCGAUUAAGCCAGCGCUAUCUGCCAACGGAAAGGGACGAUACUUCUUGGUACCUAGCUAGGCUUGAAGGUGCAUUCCUUGCGGGCGCCCAUUUGCACCAUGUCGCGCUGGAGAACGAGGCAUUUGCCAUGAUGAACUGGAAGGAGUUGGCGCACGAUGGCGGAUUUCGGCGUCGCGCCGUCUGAUGAUGACCUUGGGGAAGCUUUAAAAAAGAACAAUUGGAAGCUAAUGUCGGCUUGGGGUCUCGCUGUACUUGAUCAUUUACAAGACGCAGACGGACCGAAUGAUGUGCCCACGGCAGAUACAGGUAACCGCGAUAGGGACGGAUUGCUUCAGACCUUGAGCACAAUUCAAAGGCCAGGGAUGUCAUGCACAGCGCACGAGUUGAUGAGCACGUGGAGCCCUCGAUUGUUGCGGUAUUUUGAAGAGUACGCGGAGCAGCCUGCGUACAGCGCCUUCACGCCGUCGCUACGGCGGCAUGGCUCCUUCGACAAUUUUGAAGUCUUGGGACAGGCGCACGAAGUAAACCCCAGUCUUGUGAUGCUGCUGCAUGAUACAGUGGAGCCCUCCGCAGGAACACCAUGGCGGGCCGAGGUUGAACGGCAAGGCCCAGGGGGUCCCAUUCUCUCUCAGGCGUACGUUUUUUCAGUGUUCGUCCUCGCAAAUAUGUACAGCGAUAUGAUGAAGAGCGCGUGGGAGUUUGGUAGCACUGAUCUUGAAGUCUUUGAGGUUGGAGGCGGGUCUGGUGGUCUCGCGUGGCUUGCUGCACACCUUUCUGCUUUCUCCCCAGACCAUCCAGAGCUCGGCUUCCGCACGUGGACAAUCUUUGACAUCCCCCAUGUCGCGGCUCUGCAAAUGUGGUAUUUGAAUAAGACGUUGCCAGUGUCUUGUACCCUUGAGCGUAUCUGCGGUGCUGGGCUUUCUGCUGGCUCCAGCACCGGUGCCGCGUUGGAACUCUCCCCUCCACCUGCGGGCGGGGGUCUCGUGCGCCUCGUGGACACCAGUGCGCGCGAGUUCUGGUUAUACGGGCAACGGAUGUAUGACCGCAGCGAUCCAGCGCGUUCGGCCAGGCGACGUGUGCGUGUCUUGGUUGCGAGUUGGAGUUGGAGCGAAACUGAUGCCAGCGAGUUUCUCUGGUACGCGAACCACGUGCUAAGCCUGUGCGAUUUUGCAAUCUACACAUACAGCACUUGGUGGGAUCAGAACUCCACGACUCGAUGGAAGCUAGACGUCAUCACGGAGCAGAUGGAGCCCAUGUUGGGAAUCGUGAUACAGAACGGAAAUGAAAUCACAAAGUUGUUCCGAAGGAGAGAGUGAUAUGGCUUAUGUGCCUCUGAUGCGUGAGCAGGUGCGUGAAGUAGUUAUUGGGGGACGUACCAAUACCACCACUACGACCAGUGUCGUUGCAAUCACCAUAAAACCAACUGAUUGUGUUUACAUUACGUGCCCUCAUGCUAGUAUGAGUUGUGCGCGUCGUGCGCGUGUGAUGCAGGGCGGUGUCGCCGAGCAACCGCGUGCCAGAUUAAAAGCGUGCUGCGGGCGCAGCAUUUGACGAUCGCAUUUUCAAUCAGGAGCGUGUUUUCAGGCGAUCCCAGGUGAAGCCCAACGUUUGCCCAAGACGGGCUGGAAAUGCGUGAAGAUUAGUUUACGCAUUGCAAACCAGCCAGCUGUUUGCGGCAAACCCCGCCACCGUGGCAGCGCAGCGGCGCAGCAGUCAGUAGCUGCGCCAUCGCGCGGCAUGACACUUGCGCCUACCAGAUGCACAAUGCGAUCCUGCACUUCGAGGCGGCCUGCAUGGGGGGGCACUUCCCUGCGCGACGCGGCAGAGGAACACGGGAUCGUGCGCAAGCGCUCGAGGCGGGGCGACGUCAGGGCCGACUUCCUCGUGGAUAUCGCCGCCGCCUGUUCGGGCGGCCACGCGCACUCGAGUGCUGCGAGCGCCGCGCUGACCAUCUCGCCCCGCUUUGCGAUGCCAUGGCGGCCCCUGCCUAUGCCCGUUGGCGCACCAGCAGCGUGGAACUUGAGGACGCGGACUUGCGGGCUGCGAUGCGCGCCGAUAGAACUCGUGG